AACUCGCGGCGACUUCAAAGAAAUUGUUCUCUGAUCCUCCCCCUCAGAGACUCAUACCGCCGCCAUGUCUCGCCAUCAUCCCGACCUCGUCAUGUGCCGCAAAACCGCCGGCGUCUCCAUCGGCCGCCUCUGCGACAAAUGCGACGGCAAAUGCCCCGUAUGCGACUCCUACGUGCGCCCCACGACCCUGGUCCGGAUCUGCGACGAAUGCGCCUUUGGCAACUACCAGAACAAAUGCGUCGUGUGCGGCGGCGAAGGAAUCUCGGACGCGUUCUACUGCUUUGAGUGUACGAGACUGGAGAAGGAUCGGGAUGGGUGUCCGAAGAUUAUCAAUCUGGGCAGUUCGAGGACGGAUCUGUUUUAUCAGAAGAAGAAUUUUAGGAAUCAAUGAGGUGGGAUGGGAUUGCGAGGAAUUUGGGACAAUUGCAAAAGUGGACUGGUCGAGAGGUGAUUUUUGAUCGCUCUGAGUGUCCGUGAUGGACAUGGAGGACACACACGCUGGGACAUGGCACGCGGAAAGUGCGUCCAGCAACGACACGGCUGGUUCAGACAAGCUCUUUGGCGCAUAUGAGGAGUCGCGCUGGCCAACGAGAGAU